AUGUUCAGCAAGACCAUAAAUGAUUAUUUUCGUAUCCGGUUCAUAGAUUCUUACAGGUUUCUGCAAGCAAGUUUAUCUAAGAUGACCGCCACAUUGUCGACACCGGAUUUCGUGCAUACACACAAAGUGUUUGAAUCGCUGGAGUUGGUCAACCGAAAAUCUGUUUUUCCGUACGAGUACGUCGACUAUUGGGAGAGGCUCGAAGAAACACAAUUGCCGCCCCGUGACCAGUUUUACAGCUCGAUCACGCAUCAGACGGUGUCCGAGGAAGACUACGAACACAGUAAAAAAAUGUGGCAACACUUCAACUGCAACACUCUCGGUGAUUACAGCGACAAGUAUUUACUUGUUGACGAAAUGAUACUGGCCGAUGUGUUUGAAAAAUUUCGAAAAGAAUGUCUGACAAAUUAUAAACUCGAUCCCGCGCAUUAUUUUUCGUGUCCGGCAUUAUCGUUCGACUUAAUGUUGAAGUACACGGACGCAUACAUUGAACUAUUGACGGACCCGGAUAUGUUGUUGAUGUUCGAAAUGGGUAUACGCGGAGGUUUAACACAAGUUAAUCAGCGGUAUGCUCGAGCAAACCACCCAGAUGUUCCCGACUACAACCCCGACUUGCCUCACAAAUACCUUCAGUAUUUGGACGCUACUAAUUUUUACGGGACAGCCAUGAUGGAACCUAUUCCGUUUGGGUAUUUUGAGUGGUCGACGGCAACACUGGAAGAAGUACUGAACACCCCCGACGACGGUGAUUACGAGGGUGCGGAUUAG